UCUGACAGAACCCGGAGAGGACUCCGUUCUAUCACUUAUAGAUAAUUAUCAAAACAGUAUAUUAAACAAAUCGAAGCCGAAUUUAGGCUGUUACCGGCUGAAAUUACAUUGUAUUCUUUCAGGGAACGGUGCCGGAUAUCAUAAAUAUAAAAUUCGCACUUCAAUUGCAGAAAUACGACCUGCUAAAUUUAAUAAACUCAUAAAAAAUCUUACAUUCUACAAGAUAGCUUGUAUUUAAAACACCUUUACCAUGGACGCAAUUCUGGACAACUUCAACUCGGAGAAACUUUUCCCCAAUUCCAACCUGUUGGACCUUGAGGAUUUGAAUGAAACUGAUUUUCUCACCAAUGUGCACUUCUCGGAGCACAUGGAGGACUUCUCCAACGAGCUCUUCAGCAGCUUCUUCGACGAGCACCUCCUGGCGGAGAGGAAUCCCCUCAUGGACAUGGAGCUGGAGCCGCCCAACCCCGACAUUCAGGCGGAGCACAGCUACUCCCUGAGCGAAGACUCCGCCCCACAGAGCCCCUCCGUGCCUAUCAAGAUGGACGAGGGCGCAGAGUCAGAAGGCAUGUGGUCUUUCAGCCAAGACCUGACUGCCAUCCUGGUCAAACAGGAACCCAACCUGCUGGUGGAGCCCUCUCCUUCCCCUGCACCCCAGCCUCUCAACCUGGCCCCUCCACCACGAAGGAGCUCUCCGGAAGAUAUGGCUUCUAAAGACCUGAACCUGGUUCCUUCGAUAAAAGCUGAGCCCAGGGAUGUCAACCAGUUCCUCAAUGUCCCCUCGGAUGAGCAGCUGCAGCUCCCUCCCACCCCCCCCAGCAGUCACGGAAGCGACAGCGAUGGGUCCCAGAGCCCCCACUCCCUGCCCCCAUCCAGCCCGGCCCGUCUCCAGCCCCGAACCUCCACUGCCAUCUCCUCCUCGCCCCUCCUCACCGCGCCCCACAAGCUGCAGGGCACCUCAGGGCCCCUUAUGCUGACAGAAGAGGAGAAGCGCACCCUCAUAGCUGAGGGUUACCCCGUCCCCAACAAGCUUCCCCUCACCAAGACGGAGGAGAAGGCACUCAAGAGAGUUCGCCGAAAGAUAAAAAACAAGAUCUCUGCCCAGGAGAGCCGCAGGAAGAAGAAGGAGUACGUGGAAUGCCUGGAGAAAAAAGUCGAGUCUUACACUUCGGAGAACAAUGAGCUUUGGAAGAAGGUGGAGACCCUGGAGAGCGCAAACAGAUCUCUGCUGCAGCAGCUUCAGAAACUUCAGGCUCUGGUUGCCGGAAAAGUUCCCCGCUCCUGCAAGAUGGCGUCGACCCAAACAGGGGCCUGCCUAAUGGUGGUGGCGCUGUGUUUUGUCCUGGUUCUGGGCUCCUUCGUGCCCUGCCUGCCCGAGUUCUCCUCCCCGUCCCACACAGUGCGGUCAUCGCCCCUUCCCUCGGCUGACGUCUACACUGCUAGUCAGAUCCGGUCCCGCAGCCUCCUCUUCUACGACGAGGGCUCGUUGUUGGAUGACGGCUAUGGCGGCUUCGUAAAGGUGGAGGACACCAACGGGUGGGAGGGGGCGCCAAGCGACUUUGUCGACGGUGGGCAGGCCAAGGAUGCCCAGGGGGAACACGAGACCAGCAAGUACCUGAGCAAGGCCCACACGGACAUGUUGGACUUUAACAGGACAGGCGGCGAGUUCCUCCACGAAGAAGAACAGUAUCACAAAAGAGAGGCGAACCCUGAUGGCGGUGCGGAGUACUUCUAACCGGUUCAGCUGGAGCUGCUGAGCGCAGCCUUCCAGAGACUCCUGAUCCCGGUGGAGGCCUCCAGCACCAGCACCGUGCUGCCCCCUCCCAGUGCACCUCUGGCCCCCCCCAGCCCCCCUCUCUCCCUCAGCCAACCCAGAGAUACAGUACAGACAAAGGGAGAGAGGGGAAGGAGAGGUGUGCAAGCCCAGCGUAAAUCCCCCGACACCCUGACAAUUCAUAGUAGAACCCAGUAAUUGUACUUUUUUAUUCUUAAUUUCUCAUUGCUUCUGUAAACUGAAAGAAAAGCCAGAGCUGAUGGUAGCUGGUUUUUCAGGUCCCAUGGGAACCUCUGUAUAAGUAGCUGUUCUGGCCCACUCUUUGUGUGGGCAAUUGUGGGUGCAGCUUUUCUGUGCUGAAGAGGUGCUUGACAGAGACGGCUGCAGUGUGCUCUGAUAACAGCCAGUAUACUCCUGCUACAGUAAAACAGCAGGACAAGGGCACAUUGGAUGAAGAAUAAAUAAAUGUCUUAUUUCUAGGGCAGUGGGCCCUAAGAAAUAAACUAGUUUGUUUGGAUUUUUAGCUCAAUGAAUUGUCACUAUUCCCCCAAUUCGUCUCCCAAAAUAAACUGCUUACAUGUUUUGUUACAUAAAGUUCAAAGAUUUAAAAAUCAAGCGGGAAAAAAAUAUUUUAUGUAAUCAAUGUGAUGCCUGGAGGUGUUCUCAGGUGUAAUGACUGAUUCAAUCAAACCCCAUCUAUAAUAUCACAGCCUUCUGUUGUCACUAGGUCUGUGUUUAACUUAUUCAACUUUAAUAUUUUCUACAAUCACACCCACAUGAUUAUGUUUUGUGUCCGUAUUGCACUUUUACCAUUUAAAAAGAAUCAUGGAUUGGUAUACCAAAGUGCCUUCAAGCUCCUGUUCAGUACUUCUUAUAUCCUGUUUUAAGGUUGCCUUCAACAAUAAUGUUUCAAAUUUUUUUUAUCUAAAACCCAACACAAGUAUUUUAAGGAAUUCGUAAUCACCUGUAAACUGCAAUUUCAAUAACAAAAACAUAUGUCCAAAAAACGAAGAAGGAACCUCCUUUUUCUUUUGUAAAUAAUAAUGACGAUGUAAUGUUUACAUGAUCUUUCUUCAUAACUGUUAAACAGUUUGCCAACAUAUAUUUUUAUUUCUGUAUUAAGAAAGUUUUGUAUAUAGAGGAGUUUAAAUAGUCACAUGUAAAUAUACAUAAAACCAAAUUUGAGAUUUGAUUACCACAUUAUAAACAUAUCUUAACUAAAAUAACUGGAAAAAAUUUCACAUUGUCCACGUACAUGUCCAUUAUAUAGGUCAACCCAAUUCCACUGUUGGCACAUAUCCUAAUAUUCUAUAGAUUUCAGAAAAUGAAUAACCAAAUAAUUGGUGAAACAAAACAAUUUGAAAAGUAGUGUUGGUAAUAUGAGUAAAUAUAAUUUCUGUUUUGCUAACAAGAAUAUAUUAAGAUGAUUAUUUACAACAAAACAAAUAUUUACCACCCUGGCCAACAAUGUAUAGUUCUGUUUAUUUUUGUUACAAAAAAUAUUCUUAUUGCAUAGGGUAAUAUCGCUAUGCAUAACAGCACCAAAUACUGAAUUUGUCUGUUACAGCAGCUGCUGAGUCUUACAAUAAAGAAGAGUUAUGAUGUUAGCUAGCUGCUUGUAACUAGCGCAGCCCACUGGACCAAUGGCCAUUCUUUUAGUUUUGUGACCAUUUUUGAAGGCUGGCAUACAUUUUAAAUGAUGAGCAUUACACAGUUAAAUGUGAGCUUGAUUAUCUUUGUAAUCAAGCUUACAUGUACUGUAAUGAAUAACACACCUCUGGCAAACAUGAUAACCACAUACUGUAUGUAGAAAGAAUGUAUUUGCCUUUGGAGAACAUCCAUUUUUACAUUCAUUAGUUUUAGAGGCCAAAAGUGUAUUGACGCAGCAUUGCCUUUCCUGGCUUAUUUAUAAUGGUAUAAUGGCUUUCUGAGAACAAAAACCAUAUGAAGGAAUCAGGCUUGUUAGAGUAUCGCCCCAUUCAUUGAAUUUUUUUGCUGGCAAAAUAAAUGACUAAUUGUAAACAUUACAUUUCUGAUUAUAUAAAUGUAUUUCUGAUGGUGAAAAUAAUUAGAAAUGUUUAAAAGAGAGAAAACAUGGGCGUGUCUUUAAAUGGUAUUGCCACAUGUCUGAAAAAAAAAGGUUAAUGUUUGCUGUCCCAGACAGGGGAACCUACGAUUGCCCUGAUUGAUGGCUAAACUAUAAUAUGAAACAAUAUUAAACUGCACUGUUAUAUAAAGGGAAGUAGGAUGACUUGGUAAACACCAGUGAGGGAACAGUAAUUGAUAAGUAACAUUAGAUGCUCAGUGAAGGCAGCAGGACGAGGCAGAAACUGUGGCUAUAUGGUGUUAGUGUAAGGUUUUUCUGGUCUACAGUAACAGGUAAAUGGAGUCCAUAGUCUGUACAUUCUGUUCUGGCCUUCAACCUUUUCAUCUACACAACUCUUUUACUUCAUGACAGUUUUCAUGUAGUGUUAGAAAUGGAACUGAACCGACAACAAAUUAAAUGUAUCUUGGGCCCUCACCAGCCACAAGUGCUUGUAAACGUAUGACCAACAUGCUAGUGAAUUAUAUUUUAAACGUUUUUUAAAAGUUCGUAUCAGGGGUAUAAAGGCAACUUUUAAAAAUAAUAAAUUAUGUGGUGUGUACACUCAAGGACUGUAGGCACAUAAUAUCUAAAAGAAAAUAAAUAAAUCUGCAAAUCACUGAAUUGUCAGAUUCCUGGAAUUUCAGUUAACUCUCAUUUUCUAUUCUAAAUGGCCUUUAUUCAACAAAACAUCUUUUAGAUUACUAUCAAUGUGAAGAUAAUACUGCAUACCUCUGACUGCAUAGAACCAAAUCACCCACACAUAUAUCAGAUUUGAAAACCUUUUUCCAUUCCAUGUUACCACUGCCGCUACUGUCCCAUGGCCUUGCUAUUUGUAUCAUCUGUAUAUAAAAUGAGUGAAAUGCUUAUACAAAUGGGAUGUAUUUUUUUUAUGGAAAAUGUAUUUUACUAUUCAUAUGACAUUGUUCAGAAGUGGUUGCAAUGCUUUCAUAUUGUACUAUUGCAAAGCAUAAACAUGCAUGUCUUCAUGUGAAGUGCUUAGAAUACUUGUGUUGAUAUUACCUGUGUCUCCUGUCAAGUAGAGUUAGUUUGAAGCAAAAUAUAAAAAUGCAUCUGCAA